CCGGCCAGUGCCUCUGCUUCCGGCUCUAAUUGCUCUCCUUCACGCCCGCCUUCAAUAUGUCUGAGACUGCGCCCGCUGCGCCCGCCGCUCCGGCCCCUGCCGAGAAGACACCCGUGAAAAAAAAGGCCCGCAAGUCUGCAGGUGCGGCGAAACGCAAAGCGUCCGGACCCCCGGUGUCUGAGCUCAUCACCAAGGCUGUUGCCGCCUCCAAGGAGCGUAGCGGUGUGUCUUUGGCUGCGCUCAAGAAGGCGCUGGCGGCCUCCGGCUAUGACGUGGAGAAGAACAACAGCCGCAUCAAGCUUGGUCUUAAGAGCUUGGUGAGCAAGGGCACCCUGGUGCAGACCAAGGGCACAGGCGCCUCGGGUUCCUUCAAACUCAACAAGAAGGCGGCCUCCGGGGAAGCCAAGCCUAGAACUAAAAAAGCAACUACAACCAAGGCCAAGAAGCCUGCAGGAGCGGCAAAGAAGCCUAAGAAGGCGACAGGGGCAGCCACCCCUAAGAAGAGCGCCAAGAAGACCCCAAAGAAGGCGAAGAAGCCGGCUGCAGCUGCAGGAGCCAAAAAAGCGAAAAGCCCUAAAAAGGCGAAAGCAGCCAAGCCGAAGAAGGCGCCUAAGAGCCCAGCGAAGGCCAAAGCUGUGAAACCUAAGGCGGCUAAACCAAAGACCGCCAAGCCCAAGGCAGCCAAGCCAAAGAAGGCGGCAGCUAAGAAGAAAUAAGUCCUUUGGCCAACUGCUUAGACGCUCAACACAACCCAAAGGCUCUUUUCAGA